AUGGCUUCACGGCAUACCACAUUGUCUCAGACGUACGCCGACCGGGCGCAGGCGGCUACGCACCCGCUGUCGGCGUAUCUCUUCAGGCUGAUGGACCUCAAAGCCUCCAACUUGUGCCUCAGCGCCGACGUCGGCACCGCACGCGAGCUUAUCAACCUUGCCGACAAGGUCGGGCCCUCCAUUGUCGUCCUCAAGACACACUACGAUCUCGUCUCGGGAUGGGACUACAACCCCAACACGGGCACGGGAGCCAAGCUCGCUGCGCUGGCCCGGAAACACGGUUUCCUCAUCUUCGAAGACCGAAAGCUCACCGACAUCGGCAAGACGGUGCAGAUGCAGUACACCGCCGGCACAGCCCGCAUCAUCGAGUGGGCGCACAUCACAAACAUGAACCUGCUGGCCGGCAAGGAGACGGUGCGCGCUCUGAAGCAGGCGGCGGCGACCUGGAAGGAGCGCAUCAACUACGAGGUCAAGACGUCUGUCACUGUCGGCACGCCAGUCUCUGACAGUUUCGAGGACGGCGAGGAGACUUCUGCUGUUCCGGAAGACCAGCCGCGGCGCGAUUCCAAGGACAGCUUGCCUGCCGGGCAACCCUACAACGGCAAUGGCAGGAAAGGCAGCGUCGUGUCCGUGACGACCGUCACGCAGCAGGUCUACGAGCCCGCCGACUCGCCCAGGAUGUGCAAGACGCUCACAGAGGGCGACGAAAUACUGUACCCAGGCAUCGAAGAGGCCCCCGUUGAUCGCGGUGUCCUGAUCCUCGCUCAGAUGUCGAGCAAGGGCAACCUCAUGGAUGACCGCUACACCCAGGCCUGCGUAGAGGCGGCCAGGGAGAACAAAGACUUUGUGAUGGGCUAUGUUGCCCAGGAGUGCUUGAACACAGAGCCAGAAGACGACUUCAUCCACAUGACGCCGGGCUGCAAACUUCCUCCCGAGGGAGAGGAUGAGAACGGCGACAUUGCCGGCGAUGGUCUUGGCCAGCAGUACAACACGCCUGCAAAGUUGAUUGGGCUCUGUGGCACCGACAUCGUCAUCGUGGGACGGGGCAUCAUCAAGGCAGGAGACCCUCCUUCCGAGGCAGAGCGGUACAGGCGAAAGGCAUGGAAGGCGUACUUGGCGCGCUUGGGUUAG